CACCUCGCUCUCUCUCUCUUCUUCCCCAUUUUUUUUUCUAAUUUUUUUUGCCUUUUCCUUUUCCUUUUCCUCUCUCUCUCAUCUUGAUCUGCAUCACAAUUUACUAGACUCUCCGAGCGAAGCGAGCAACGCUGAUUGAAUUUUCUCUUGCUGGAACGUUGUUUUCGCGUUUAUUCAUUCCCUUUGUUCUUGGAUCGUUCCUCAUCCUCGAAUUGCGGCUAGGGUUUUCUCGAUUUUAGGGUUUUGAUCGGUUGCCGACAGGAUGGCGAGCGGGAAGCUGAUGCCAAAUCUCGAUCAGAACAGUACGAAGGUCCUCAAUCUCACUGUUCUCCAGCGGAUUGAUCCGUUCGUGGAAGAGAUCCUUAUGACCGCCGCUCAUGUCACCCUCUACGAGUUCGACAUCGAGCUCAAUCAGUGGAGCCGUAAGGACGUUGAAGGAUCUCUAUUCGUUGUCAAGAGGAACACACAGCCCAGAUUUCAAUUCAUCGUGAUGAAUAGACGCAACACAGAUAAUCUAGUGGAGGAUCUUUUGGGAGAUUUCGAGUAUGAAGUUCAAGUUCCCUAUCUUUUAUAUCGAAAUGCAGCUCAAGAAGUAAAUGGCAUUUGGUUUUAUAAUUCACCUGAUUGUGAAGCUAUUGCAAAUCUUUUUAGCAGGAUACUAAAUGCAUAUUCCAAAGUACCACCAAAGCCUAAGCUAACUUCUAAAAGUGAGUUUGAGGAGCUUGAAGCUGUACCUACUUCAUCAGUUAUUGAAGGUCCUCUUGAGCCAAUAACAUCAGUCGCUACAUCGGCCCUUGAUGUUGCUGAUGAUGUAUUUGUGAAUUUUUUCAGUAAUGCUAUGAACACUGGAAAUGCAUCAAAUGGAACAGUGGCUGGCCAGUCACAUCUUGCUGCUGCACCAAUUCCUGUAACUACUCAUGCAUCAAGUGUCAAUCCAUCUACUUUGCCAACUGUUCCAUCAAUUCCUAUUCCCUCAGCUUCAUCUGUUCCUCUAGUGAAACCUCUGGAUAAUCUUGAAUCUGGCAAUGGAAGCGGCAGCCAUGCUAUGAAUCUUGUGAAACCUUCAUUUUUCUCACCUGCUCUAUCUUCUGCACUGGUAAUGCCUCCAGUAUCAUCCUCUGUUCCAACAGCUCCUCCCCUCCAUCCUCCAGUUACUAUGCAGCGACCAUAUGGAACUCCAUUACUUCAACCGUUUCCACCUCCUACCCCAUCUGCAUCACUUACUCCUAGUCAAAACUUUGGAUCAGUUAUCACAAGAGACAAAGUUCGUGAUGCACUAUUGAGGGUUGUUCAAAACAAUGAUUUCAUUGAUAUGGUGUAUCGUGAGAUGCUAAAUGCACAUUAUUCCUGACGAAUGAGUCCUUGGCAAAUGGGAUUGAGCUUGUUGCAUAUGGUUGCUAAUGAUGCAGCUUUUUCUUGUAAGAGCUAUUGUAAAAAUUGCCAAUGUGAGAUGAGGGCAUGGAACUUUUGUUUUUAUUAUUAUUAUUUGGGUUGUAAAUGAGUGGGAGCAUUUCAGUCUGAACUUUGGCGUGUUACUGUUAUUUAGUGGGAAUUAAUCUAAUAUUUGUUUCUUCAUUGAAA